CAGAAACCAUGCUGGAAUCAUGUCAGACCAAAAUGUCCCGUACCGGUAUUAUAAGUUUGGGAAUGAUCAUCCUACGGAUGUUAUUGCGAUCUCGGAAAAGGCACAGAGGGGAGCUACUGCCUGAUAUUAAUAUUCUGGCUGUUGCCUUACAAGGUGGACAAGAGCGCAUCCAGUAUGCCAGGCUCAAUUGCCGAGUGCCAGUCCUCCGGUCGUACAUGGAUGUGGAGCGGGACAUGAAGCCUGUAUUCCGCCUUACAAGGCAGGCUUUCCACGGUCUGGUGGAGAUGUUGGACCAGGAGAAGGACCACGGAUGGGGGCAUCAUUUGGAGCUCCUCAUUUUUCUUUUUUGGCUGGCGCAUGCCACUUCCUACAGAGUGACUGCGCAGGCCUUUGAGGUCCCGAAGACAACGGUGUGCCGUGUAGUCCACAGGACCGCAAAAGCGAUCCGCAGGAACAAGUCCAAAGCCAUCUUCUUCCCCAGUGCAGACACACUGCAUGAAGUUGGCCAAGGAUUUGGUAAUCUAGCCCAACAUGAGGCCUUUAAUAAGGCUGUGGGGGCUAUGGAUGGGUACCACAUCCGAAUUAAACCACCCAAACACAAUGAACUGGAUUAUCUUAAUUACAACCAGUUUCACUCCAUUCAGUGUCAAGCCAUCUGUGACUCUAAUGGGAGCUUUCUGGACAUUUUUGUUGGGUAUGGAGGUUCUGUCCAUGACACCUGCAUUUUCAAGAACAGCCCUGUUUAUGUUGAUGCCCUGUACCCCCCACCAGGUUAUUUUCUUUUGGCAGAUGACGGUUACCCAUGUCUGGAGCUGCCGGUCACCGUCAUCACUCCAUACGGGCACCCGUUACAAGGGAGAAUUCAGGAGAAGUUCAACAGUAGGCACAGCAGAGCCCACUCCAUCAUUGAGAGGAGCUUUGGGAUGAUGAAGGCAAGGUGGCAUGCCACCUUCAUCAAGGCACUGGAGGUGAGGCUCCACUUCUGCUCCGAGGUCGUGUUGGCGUGUGCAUUCCUCCAUAAUAUCUGCCUCAGACAUGGAGACGUGAUGGACGAGCUGGAGGAACUGCCUGAGGAACCUGCUCCCCCUGCAGAGCUGGAUGAAGGCGUCCAGGAGCAGAGUGGAGUGCACAUCAGGGACAGGCUGUGCGCUCUUGUGUCUGCACCCUCAACUUACAGGCCCCAUUACUAGAUCAUAAUUACAAUAGAUGUCAUUGAAGCACUCAUUGACAUUAUAUUUCAGUUAUAUUAUGACCAUCUGAUAUUAUUUCCUAUUAUGAGCAUGAUGUAGCCUAAUUUUAUUUUUGUAAGAGCGGGUAAUGUGAUGGUAUCCUGAGUUAAAUAUUCCAGCUGUGUUAUGACCAUCUAAUAUUACUUUCCAUUUUGACCAUGAUGUCAUUUCAUUUUUGUAAGAGCGUAUGAAUUGAUGGUAACCUGAGCUAAAUAUUUCAGUUAUAUAUCUUGCCGCGUAGUUACAAUUUGUGGGAGGUGUGCGUCAGGCACGGCGUGGCGUGCAGCACGCCGCAACCUGCGGCGUAGGCUCGGUGUCGAUUUGACGCAGAACCAUAAUCCAAUCUUUAGCUGUUGAUGCAGAAGGUUAACCACUGAACCUUGACCAAGAUUAGAGAGAUAUUAACGUUUCCAUGUUGGAACCAAACAUCUCCCAUCGUUCUAGGUUGGGAAGGGUUAUAGUUCACUAAAGAACCAAAGAAACACAGCUUUGCCCAUAUUCAAAACAUCCAAAAUACUGCCCUCACAAAUCCAUAGCCAAGUGGCACCUUCACCAAUCAAGGUCCAACUUUUUCAGCAGAAGUGGAACUUGCAAUGAAGACUCUUCUGAGACAGUUUCAGCUUAAGUUCUUGUUAUAGAUGACCUCCAAAUAUUGAAAAUAUUCCUCUGUAUACCUCAGGAGGAAAGGCCCCAAAGAAACUCAGUCCAAUCCACACCAUCCUCUAUAAUUCACUUUCUCUAGGGAAAGGAGGUAGACCGCCAUUCUGCUCAACAAACAAGCAGAGGAAGGAUUUUGUUCCUCAGGCUGCAAGUCUGAUCAGCUCAUGUCUGCGAUUAGCCUCGAUACCGUGAUGAAACCGUCAGAUUCACUGUUCACAUUCUGUGACUAUGAAGGUUAAUAUGUGUUAUCUGCUACAUAAACCAUCAGACACAUCAUUUUUAUUCUGGUAUUCUUUGGUACUCGUGUACAUAGUUUAUACAUCAUUGUAAUCCAUCAACUGUUCCAUCUCUGUGUCAUACACAUGAACCACAGCUGUGCUCUCAAACUCCAACUUUUGUUCUUUACUUGUAUUAGUUGGGUAUUUAUCUACCGGAUUUCUAGCAUGUUCUUUAUAAUUUCUUAUUGCCAUGAUUUGUAUGACCUCUAUUUGAUUUUUUUUAAUUUAGUAUAUUUUGCU